AUGAAUUCGUCCAGUUUCCAACAGAAUCAAGAACAUUCAGUCACCGACUCAGAAGAUUUGGCGAAGAGUCCAGCAAUUAAACCUAUCAAGAAAACCAGAAGGAAGAAAACUCUCAUGGAACAUUACAAGAUUAUUGAAUCACCUCCAAAAGAUUCUAAUAACAUUUCCAAUAGUACUUCAACCUUUUCAACAAUUAAUCCUGUUCAGAGUGGACAUACUCUUCCAACAAGCAUUCAUGGAGCAAGUAUUGGAAACUCACCAACAAGAACAAUCCUUCCUUCACUUUCGUCUGUUAUCUUUUCAGAUAUUGAUAGACUAAACUCUAAACAUGCUUCUCAAUUGCCGCCAAUAUUAUUGAAUCAUGAUUACAAUCAUGUGGAAAACACAAAGAAAAUAAUACAUUCAAAUAGUGAAAAGACAUCUUUACUUUCGAAUAAUUCUUCAACACCUCUUUCUAAUAACAAUACCAUCAAGAAGAGAAAGAGCCGAAAUGAACCAAGCUCUCCUCUAAUCAACAAUACAAGAGAUUUUCAAUUGGAAUAUACAGGAAAUAAUUCAAUUUUUGGAGUGAUGAAAAAACCAAAACAUGCGAAUAUGGCUUCAUACGAAACUAUUCUAAACCUUUCAGAUACUUCUAGUAGCAAUUCAAAUCAACGUGUGAAAACGCCACCAACAACAACAACUCGUUCUUGGAGUCCACACCAAGAAUCUCAAAUCCAAUCAACAAACAAGAAGAAACGAAAAAAGCCAUAA